CACAGGCAGCAAAGCCGGGAAGGUGAGCCCUAUUCACACCUCAGCCAGGCUGCGGUGGCCAGGACUGGUUUGGAAGGCAGGGCCCCAGGGCACGGGGGCCCAGAGCCGACAGCCACAGCCUCCCUCUGCACACGGGCAUCCAGGAGUAUCUCAGGCUGAAGCCUCCACUGCCUGCCCCACUGGGACCCUGCCCUCAACCCUGGCACCAUGAAGCUGCAGAUGUUCUGGACUGGUCUGGAAUACACCUGCCGGCUCCUGGGCAUCACCACUGCUGCAGUGUUGAUCGGCGUGGGCACUGAGACCUUCCUCCAGGGGCAGUUCAAAAGCCUGGCUUUUUAUUUGCUGUUUAUAGGAGCUGUCAUCUCCGUGUGUGAAGGGGCCUACUUUGUGUCUCAGCUGCUGGCCAUCUGCUUCCAGUGUCGGCCAGAGUCCCUGGCCUACAGAGCAAGGGAGAAAGCCCGCUGGUUAGGCUGCUUCCAGAAGUUCCUGGCAUACGUGCUGCUGUCCGUGGCCUGCUUUCUCCACCCUGUCCUGGUCUGGCACGUGACCAUCCCAGGUUCCAUGCUCAUCAUCACUGGCCUGGCCUACUUCCUGCUGAGCAAACAGAAGAAAAGAAAAGCUGACCCAGAGGUGCUGGCUCCCCCAGAGCAGUACACGGACCCCUCCAGCAGUGCUGUGAGCACCACAGGCUCGGGGGACACUGAGCAAACCUACACCUUCCACGGAGCCCUCAAAGAGGGGACCGGCUCCCUCCUCAUCCACAUGAAGAGCAUUCUGAAGGGGACCAAGAAGCCCAAUGCCCUCCAGCACCCAGACACUCUGACCGAGCUGACGCUGGAGCCAGCUGACUCAUUGGUCAAGAAGAAGCAGGUACACUUUGAAGACAGUAUGGUCAGAAUCAUCCCAUCUCUCACCGAAAACCCAGAUGAUGGGGACAGUGAGCCUGAGGAGACCACCUCUGACACCACCCCUAUCAUCCCUCCCCCACAAGCCCCUAUCUUCCUAUCUUCUCUCACAGACACCAAUCUAUUCUGAGUGACUUGCUCCAGCCUCAGGGAAACUCAGCAAGCGGUCUGCAUUGAUUGAUGGCCUUUCCUGGAGUUUCCUGGUGUCUGGGGGCCCUCCAGGGAGAUUGGGGUUCUCACAAGUUAGUGCUUCAAGGGUUGACCAGAUAUCCCCAUGAUAGCUAGGCUUCUGGGACCAUCGAGUGGCAUGGCAGGUCCUACAGAGGCCUCAAGGAAGGCACAAAUGAAGCUAAUGUUGCCUCAAGCCAACAGAGGUUCCUCCUUCCCAGACUUAGAGUGGGGGAGAUCCUUGUGCUUUACAUAAGGCCGCUUCAGCCCCAGAAGCCAAUGGACUUCUCUUGCUCCUGACACGGGGGCCCAGCACUCAGCAAGGACUCAUCAUCCAUCCCAUCUCUGAGGCAACAAUCCAGCUCCGAAGGCCAAAGGACGUGUUGACUCCUUAAGCAUCUCAAAGGCAGGUGUGGAAGGUGGCCCUAGAUCCCAACCCCCUGGUGAGAUUGCUCCUGAGGGAAGCAAGGCUGCAAGCCCCGCAGGAUGGGAGCAGCAGGAGCAGUGGGCCGCAUUCUCUGCAUGCCUGGGGCUGGCGCUGGGCAGCAGGAGUUACAGAGCCCUUCAGGGAACAAUGCCACUCUGUUCUCACUGCAGGGAAAUGCAAGCUCAUUCCAGAAGCAUCACUGAGGACUCCCCACAUCCCCACCACAUGAACUUUCCCCGAGAUUCCAUGCAGAUGAUGUAAACUAAAAGAUCUUGGAAGGCAACAACGAUUCAGCAAUGAGAGCCCCAGCACAGCACAGCACAGCACAGCACAGCACACAGAGCCUCUGGUGUGGGGGGUGGGCAGGGAAACGGUGCUCCGGAGACACACAGCCCAGAGAAGUGGCUGUGCCAUGCCUACUGGCCUGGUGGCAGAAUAGGUGAUAAGUAUACAUUUGUUUAAAAUGUAAGGGAGAGAAGGGGAUGGGAAGAGGGGGGAUAGGAGGGAAGUGGGAAGGCAGGCUAACUCUCUGCCACUGGACUACAGAAGUGACCAUUAACCUAGAACAAACAAAGAAAUUUGAAUCAGAAAUUCCUUCAAAGGUUUUCAAAGUGGUAUUUGUUUCAAAAAAGUGUCAUUUGGCCCGUGGGAUUAUUGCAUAGAAGAGCAGACACAUUAUUCUUCAUAGGCAAUCUCAGUGAAUGGGUGAUCUGUAGAAACAGUGAUAGUGUUUCCCAGUGUGUGUGUGAGAGAGCAAGCACCCCGGUUCCACAGAGCAACCCUUAGAGCACAUAAUUUAAGGACUAGGUAAUAAACAUGUGUUCAUUCCUGACAUUUUUAGACAUCCCCUAGGAGUUACUUUGCAAACAUGUGGGAAUAACGGCCAGAUGAUCAGUCUGGUGCCUAAAUUCAACAGGUGUCCCAAAUGAGCAGCCUUCUUCCCGUAAUAACAUAGUUCUUCCUGUAAAACCAAGAGAGAACAAACAAAUAAAAAUGUUCCGAUGAGCCCUUGAUAAUGGAAGUGGCGAAACUGCUUAUCUGCCACCAAAGAAGAGCUUCAGAAUCUGAGAGUCCACAGAGUAAUAACAGAAUGUGGGUAUUGGUAGACAGGAAUGGCACCCAGUUCCUAAUGGGCCAGAUAUCCCAGGCAGGCCCCCUGGCACAGAAGAAACCUAUGUGGGGAGGAGCCAGGGGUUCUGCACCUGUCACAUGCGUUAGGGGAAUUUGAUAGACACGGGCACCCUCACAGAGCAGGCAUGGGAGGCUGCUGGAGAACCCCUCGCUUCUGCUCUGUUCUCGGUUCUCAGAACCCCAGCCAGCAGGGUGGGGACGGAUGACCAGUUCACAAGAAGCAAACC